UGUGAUGUGCAUCACCCAUGUGCUACAUGGACAUUCCAGGCAUUGCUCUGGAAUAUCCUGUGGCGUCUGCUGGGGGAUGAUGGUGAGGGAGCUGCUUCGGGCUUACCUUGACCGUGAAACACACAGCGUAACCACAUGAAGCAAAUCCAUGCAACUAACUGAUGCAGAAAAAACAAUUGGCAUAAGGAAAUUAAAGAUGCGGUAGAGAAGGCUCUUCCCUCCACAACUGAGAGAGAGAGAAAUCAGGAUUUGGAUUAGAACUGGCAGGCCCGGUGACAAGCUGCCACCCACAUGCAACUGUUCCUGUUUGGAUCAGAAAAUGAUAUCUCCAGCCUCAGAUGGAAUCCCCCUGCCUGCCGCACUGUUAUUAAUUUUCCUCUGAGGGAGGAGAGCCAUAAUGCUCUUCUGCACUCAGUGCAGAAGGGAAGGAAGCCAGGGAGUUAAAUAGGACACAGAGAAAGCCUGUUGGCUGGGAGUUGAAGUCAAGGAGGGAGAGAGAAGAGACUGCAAUUGGACAGUGCCCAGGGAGUCGGGUGGAAGCAGCUGCGGGCAAAGCCCCUCCAGGAUCUGACAGAUAGGGUGCCCAGAUUGCUCCUCCAUCCUGUGAGAACGUGUGCCAGGCUGGCUGGAGGACAGGAAGCCACGCUGGAGAAAACAGUGCCCAUAAUGCUGUCUGGGAGCGCUAGCCACUGGUGGAGGAACAGGUUUUCCAUGAGAUGGCGACGGACCUGCUUGCUUGCCUACUGGCUCUCUCUGUGUGCAGCAGACUCCCUCUUCACUUGCCCUUCCUCCUGCACGUGUAACAGUGGCAGUCUGGAAGUGGACUGUAGCGGCUUGGGCCUCUCAUCCAUCCCCUCAGACAUUCCUACAAACACCAGAAUCUUCCUCUUCCUCAACAACAAGCUAAGCACGCUGCCAGGACCAGUCUUUUCCAAUCUCUCUGCCCUACAGAGGCUGGACCUUUCCAACAACUUCUUGGACCAGCUGCCCCAGAACAUCUUCAGUGACCUAGGGAACCUCACCGAACUACAGCUGAGGAACAACAGUAUCAGGACCCUGGACAAGGACCUUCUGCAGCAGAUGGUCCUACUGCGCCGGCUAGACCUAUCCAUCAAUGGCCUUGCUCAGAUACCCUCAGGAAUCUUCGAUGACCUCCCGGCUCUCCGCUUGCUCUCCCUCCGGUCUAACCGCCUACAGAGCCUAGACAGGGUGACCUUUGAACCAUUAGUCAGCCUGCAGCAGCUCCAAGUUGGGGAUAACCCCUGGGAAUGUGACUGCAACCUGAGAGACUUCAAACACUGGAUGGAAUGGUUCUCUUAUCGAGGAGGAAAGAUUGACCAGUUGGCGUGUACGCUGCCCAAGGAGCUGCGGGGGAAGGACAUGCGAAUGGUCCCCAUGGAGAUGUUCAACUACUGUUCACAGCUGGAGGAUGAGAACGGCUCCACUGUGCUGGACAAUUCUGGCCCACCAUGCACUAAAGGAAGCCCGACUCCUUCAAAAUCCAAGUCAGGGCCAGAACCUGAAGUGGAGCCGAGCGUGGGGUGUCCCCAGAAACAGAGAUACCGGCCUGUUAGUGUGCGCCGAGCCAUUGGCACUGUGAUCAUAGCUGGGGUGGUGUGUGGCAUCGUGUGUAUCAUGAUGGUGGUGGCAGCAGCUUAUGGCUGUAUCUACGCAUCCCUCAUGGCCAAGUACCACCGAGAGCUGAAGAAGAGGCAGCCGCUAAUGGGUGACACAGAGGGUGAACAUGAAGAACAAAAGCAAAUCUCCUCUGUGGCAUGAAACUCUUCUUGGAAGGCAAGGGCAGAAGUGAGCAGGGUACCUGAGAGCAGUGAGGCCUGUGUCCUCCCACAAUCCAUCUUCCCAGACAGAUGGACAGACUGUGCUAUCACUCCACUCAUCCAAUUAGUGCAACAUGCUUCUGGGUUUUAGGACAUCUGGCUCUAAAUUUCAUUCCUCUGCAUCAGGCUCUUUGGCACCCCUUCACCCUCAUGCCCUACCAAGUCAAUAAAUUAUAGUCAGACCUCAAGUGCUUGCCAUGCCUCAUCCUUGCACAGAGCCCCCUUGGAUAGGCACAGCAAGGGCAGCCAACACCUUCCAGGAGCCCCUGGUAUCCUGACACCCUCCUCUCAGCUUCAGUCCCCA